UAUCAGUCCUUAUCUCGCCCUAUCUCUCAGGGGUUAGAGGAAUUGUCUUUUGAAACAAUGAAGUCUUUAAUCGUCGUCUCACUCUUCAUCCAUGGAGCUUUGUCGUUCAUAUUCAUGGAGAAACUGUCCCACACAAAACUUCCCAACAAAAUCACGCCCUCUGUGGCAUAUCAGAUGUUUGGAGGGGCCGCUGAAGAGGCCGCUUACGACAAACAAAGAAGGAUUCUUUACGUAGUAGGCGAGGCGUCUCGUUUGCUUCAUGUGAUGGACUUGUCUGAUCCCAAGAUCCCAGUGUUAGCUACAAGCUACCAGUUCACUGCUAGCGAUGGAACACCACGUGACGUGGCAGUCUGUGGAGAUGAAGUUGCUGUUGCCGUGACUUCAGGAAUUAAAGACGUCUAUGAAGGCCAUGUGUAUUUUUUCAAUGCCUUUUCCAGUGGAGACGCUCAGCUGACAUUUGAUGGCAAACUUCCAGUUGGUUACUUUCCGGAUAUGUUAACGUUCACAAAUGACUGUAAGAAAAUUCUGGUUGCCAACGAAGGAAGACCAGGAAAGAAUAUCAACAACGUGUUCUCGGAUCCGUUAGGAUCUGUUACAAUCAUCGAGCGGGAGAGGAGUGGUGCUCCACCGUCAGAGAGGACAGUUCUCUUCACUGGUCAAAACCAAAGGUUUGAUUUGCGGUUUCCCAUUCGAUACAUUCCCCAGAACACAUGGCCACCGAAGAUCACUCCGACGUUUGAACAAGACGCUAUGCCUGAGUAUAUUGCUGUUUCUCCUGACAACAAAUACGCCUACAUCAUUUUACAGAGGAACAAUGCUGUGGCUACCAUGUCCUUGUCAACGUAUGAGAUUCAGUCGAUCACACCUAUACCAAAGAAAGACUGGAGCAGCUACACCAUAGAUCCCAGCGACAGGGACGGAGGCGUUCAUCUUCGACAGUAUCCAUUCAAGAGCAUACGUCAACCAGACAACGCCAAAGUGAUGACCAUCGGGCGCACCAGCUUCCUAAUAACAGCAGACGAGGGGAAGACAACGGACUUCACUAAUACCAAUGACGGAUUCACUUGGUCCGAUCACAAUUUGGCGGAUGUCUUAGCCAGACAGAACAAGUUUGAUACAUUGGUUAUCAAUAAUGCUACGUUCAUAGAGACCCUAAAACAGGACAAUAAAGCAGGCAGACUAACCUUGAGCACAAUCGAUGGUCUAAAUUUAUUCACGGGUAAAAUGGAUGAAGUCAAUCAUUUCGGUGGAAGAGGAUUCUCCAUUUGGAAAACCUCCGAUAUGUCACUGGUUUACGACUCGGGGGACGAAAUCGAAAAAGAGUUAGCCAGCUCCAUGAAACAGGUGUUCAACACAGACUGUGUCAGCAACACCAUUACAUAUCAAGGCCCGGAGAACCUGAGGGAUACACAGUCUGAUAACUAUGGCCCAAAAGUCGGCUCCUUGGACUACAUCAAUGACAAUGGUGAUCAAUUUAUUGUGGUUGGCAGUGAGACAACAGGCACCGUCUUUCUCUACUCUGUGAAUACCACCACAGGAGUCCCCAAGCCUCGGUUUGAAACGGCUUACAGGGUCGGAGACACAGAUUUUGUGUGGAGCGAGCUGUAUGAUUUGGGGACUGCUGGAGACGCUGGAUUAUCCGCUGUCGGGUUCAUAGGAAAAGAUUACAAUGCUCUAAACAAAACACUGAUAUAUUCGAUAGGACAAUAUUCCGGGUCUGUGACAAUAUUCCAGAUCGAAAACUUGUAACAUACAUUAAAACUAUGACUUCAAAUACAGACCUGUGCUUUAAAGCUGUGAGAAUAAAUGAUACUCAACUUUA